AUGACUGUGUCCACAUUUGCUCAGGUGAACGUGUCUUUCUUGCUCUCUCUGGAGCUGCUCUCCUACCAGAAGCUCCCGGCUGACCAGAUGCUGCCUGGAGUGGAUAUUGAGCAGAGCGAGAAUGGAGAGAAAGAGAUGGUGUUUACUCAGCCUCUGUUCCUGGAGUUCACCAACCAGACCACUCAGGUGGUGCCGCUGCGGGCCAUUGUGGCUGUGCCUGAGCUGCAGCUCUCCACCAGCUGGGUGGACUUUGGGACCUGCUUUGUGAACCAGCAGCAGGCCCGGGAGGUCUACCUAAUGAACCUCAGUGGCUGCCGGAGCUACUGGACUGUGGUGAUGGGACAGCAGAAGGCAGCCAAGGAGGCUGAGGUCUUCAGGGUCUCCCCAAGCAGUGGGCUGCUGGCAGCCCGACCCACCAAUGCGCCCCCAACCUCCAUCACUAUGCAGGUGUUCUUCACUGCCAGGAGCAGAGAGCUGUAUGAGUCCACGCUGGUGGUGGAGGGCGUGCUGGGUGAGAAGGCCUGCACCCUGCGGCUCCGGGGCCAAGGCUCUUAUGACGAGAGAUACAUGACACAUCACAGCUCUGAGGCAUCCGUACCCCACAGCCCUCCUCAGCUGAGGCCGGGCUGCUUGGCAGGGACAUGA